AGAGGAAUCCGAUGCGUCAGUACAAAUGCGCGGCGAAAGCAAUCUUGGAAAUUUCACUUAUUUUGUUUAUAUAAAUCUCUCAGCCAUCACUGUUUCGAAGGCAUUAACUCUCGGAGAAUCAUAAAAAGUAAGGAUGUCUGCAACACAGGAAGAAGACAAGAAGCCCGGUGGUGGUGACGGAGGAGCUCACAUCAAUCUUAAGGUCAAGGGACAGGACGGGAAUGAGGUCUUCUUUAGGAUCAAGAGAAGCACUCAGCUGAAGAAGCUGAUGAAUGCUUACUGUGACAGGCAAUCUGUGGACAUGAACGCCAUUGCCUUCUUGUUUGAUGGGCGUCGUCUGCGUGCUGAGCAGACUCCCGAUGAGCUUGAAAUGGAGGACGGUGAUGAGAUCGAUGCCAUGCUCCAUCAGACUGGUGGCUAUGGUGGUGGAGGCGGCCUGACAUUUAUCCGGGUUUAGGGUUUCAUGAUGUGUGAUAGGAAUGGUUAAGGAGUAAUCGGCAUUAGGAAUUGCAGACUUGUUUUUCUUUUUUUUUUUUUCAAUCGUGACCAUUGGCCUUAAAAGACUAAUAUGGUCAUGAAGGCUUAAAACAAAAACUUUUGUUAAUUGUUGGUCUUCUUCCUUUGGUAUUGGAUCCUACUAUGUUAUGUUACUGUUUGCGCUUAAGAUUGUUAUUUAACCUGUGCGCUUAA